GCUGGAAUGGGCAGAGAGGGAGAUGCGGUUCUUCUGCGGCAACUCUACGGCGGCGUCUGCGUCGUUGCUAGUGGUAUCUAGAGUGUGCUGCUGUGUGUGCUCCGCUGGGCGGUGUGCUGGCGAGCUCGGGUGGUGUUAUGGUGGCGAACCGUGGUAACGUGUGGUGCAGGCGUGUGGCAAGAAGCGAUGGAGCUAAAACACGUCUCGAAGGCUUCCCUGCAGCUAUCCCUGGUCUGUCUCGGUCGUCUGGGUCCGGCACUUGUCUCUCUGCUCUGUGCUGCUCCUCCGACCGCCCCCCUCAACAAUACUCCCCGUCAAAUGCCUGUUUGAUACACGUCUGCCAGAAGAAAACUCUGCACAGGCUCUUCCUCCCCUCUGCCGGCCCCUCUGGGCCAGACGGCCCUUCGUUCCUGCCCGCUCGCUUUGCUCACGAACAAAGCCGCCGGCGUUUCCCCUUUCGGACAGGGCGCGUGCCCCGGAGAGGAGUCGCGUGCUGACGUAAGCGCACACCAGAGUGACGUACCGAGGCCGAUAACAGAUGCUACAUACAUGUUGAGUACAAAGACGACACAAGCUACGUAGGACAUGGACGAGAACAACGGUUGGCGGUCGUCAACUACUGCUGCUGCUGCUGCUGGUAGUGGUGGUGGUAGUGGUAGUGGCUGGCGCUGGCGCUGCUGGCGCUGCUGGCGC